AUGCCCCUCGUAGAAGAGGAGUUCGACUUCACGCCUAUUUCCUCUUCUUCCACUCUUCAACCUCCUUCUCAACCUCCUUCUCAACCUCCCUCCAGACCGCUGUCGCCUAACCCCCUGAACGAAGCGAUACCUGACUCGUUCUUACCGGCUGAUGUAGAUGAUCUUCUCGACGGACUGGGUGCAGAUGAUUUAGAUGAUUUCGAAGGUCUCGAUGCUGAAGAUAUCAGGAAUGAUAGAUCGUUCGAAGAAGCUCAUCCUCUUCCUCCGCCUGAGCAUGAUCUGGCAUCGGACAGAGAAGAUGAAAAAAUGGAAUUGAUAUCAAAGACGUUUGGCUUUGCCACUGCCGGAGGAAGAAAGUUGCCUCCUCCCUCUAAAAAAGCCCUGGCCAAGGCUAACGAGAUUUGGACCAAAGAGGUAGACGCUGAAUCAUCUUCGCAAGGGCAUGUGGGAGAAACACAUACAGCAAAGAAACCUAGGCUCAGUGAUCCCGAAGAAUCGGUACCAACAGACACUUUUCUGUUUACGGAACCUACACCCGCGUUUGUCGGAUUCAAAACGGGCAGAGGUAAAGCUGUUCCUGCGCCUUCCAUUGAAGCCAUAAAGAAAGCUGCAAAACUUCAAGAAGAAGUUGAGAAACUAGUCACCCAGGAAUUAGAUGGAAAUGUACCUUCUUCUAAUCCAACAGCGUACUCACAAUCGACCAAAUCUGGAUUCUCAUUUGCUUCAGGUAAACCAGCUCCACAAGUUAGUCAGACGUCAAUGUUGAGGGAGAAAGAUUUGUUCUUUGCUCAGGAUACCCCUUCAAAAUUGUCUGUUCCACAUGUAUCAGCAUUUCAGUCGGCUUCUGGAAAAGCCGCUCCCCCCCUCAGUCAAUCGGAAUUCAAGAAGGCAAAGGAGCUCUUCGGAGAUACAGAAAAUCCUCCUUCUCCUCAGUCUUUACCAUCCUCUUCUUUCAAAUCCGCUUCUGGAAAAGAGGCUCCUCCGAUCACAUCAAGUAGAUCUGCAAUCAACCGGCUCUUCGAUGAUAUAGAUACCAAUAUUGUUACGCCAAUUCGACCUCCUCGUCAUCAACAGCCUAUACGAGCUGAUUCACCCGCAAAUACUCCAAUGCUGCGUCAAAGAUCAAACCAAGGAUUCGUUCAACCGUUCUCCCUUCCACGUACACCAUUGAGCAGGACAUCUCUGUCUUUAGCUUCCAGCAAGAAACCCAUACAGAUCAAAACGCCUGCAGGCCCUCAAAGAAGGAUAGGCAUCGGUUCGACGCCGUAUCAGAGACAAGCUAAAGGCAAUAAAUUCACUACGCCAUUCAAAGCUCCAUCUUCUGUAAUACAUCCUGCACCGAUCCAAGACCCUGGAUCUUCCACCCAACAUCAGAUAUCUCAUUAUCGAUCGGUCUUCGAUCUUGAAGAGCCGAUGGAAAGAGAAACAUAUAAAGCUGCCUUUUUGCAUCCGCAAUACCACAGUAUCAACGAAUUAGCGGACAUGGAUAUUCCCGAUGAGAUAUGGAAAAUUAAUCUUGUUAACGCCCCGCAAUACCGCUUCCUUGCCGAAAAUGACAGCUUCCUCAACCACGAAGCAGCUUUACUCACUCUGCAGGUAGAUGGAUGUGAUCAUGUCAAGGGCGUAUGGGUAGAGAAUCAUUGGGCUCAGAUAUUAUGGAAAUUAGCUGGACAGAUUCAAGCGAAACCUGGCCUAUUCGGGGAAAAAUGGAGCUGGAAUGAAGUCAUUCGUCAACUCAAAUAUAGGUACGAGAGGGAAUUCGGUUGUGCUGAUCGAUCUAUCAUAAAGCGUGUACAAGAACACGAUUCUUCUCCCAGUUUACCGAUGGUCCUUGUGGUUUCAGCGAUCCAUUUCAGUCAAGGGGAUGACAAGAACAAAUGUCUUUUAGAAUUGACCGAUGGGUGGUAUUGCAUUAGAGCACAAAUAGACGGCUGUUUACAAAGAGCUGUGACAAAAGGUAGAAUCGCAAUCGGGAGGAAGUUGGCAAUUACAGGUGCCAAACUUGAAUCAGGGAAUGAUGGGAAUGAUGUGUUAGAAGCUUUCGACAGUUCUCAUUUGAUCAUCACAGGCAAUUCUACAUCACUGGCAAGGUGGCCCACAAAGUUAGGAAAACAACCUCAACCGUUCAUAGCUUCUUUAUCAAGCCUGUUGGUAGACGGCGGAGUGAUCACUCUUAUGGAUGUCAUAUUGGAGAAGAUAUUCCCUGUAGCCUAUACAAACAACAACAGAAAUGCACAGGAGGCUCCCUGGGGAGAGGAAGAGGAACAAAACAGGCAAGAUGAGUGGCUUGAACGUUAUGAGGGUGAGAAGACUCGCCUCGCCGAUAAGAUCCGGAGGCAGAUGGAGAACAUGGAAGACAUAGCUGCCAUACUCGCUCAAUCCGCAGAGGAAAGUGACCCAGUCAGCAGUGAACCUCCCGAUACGCUUGAUAACGAUCUUGAACGUCUCCUCGUAGCUAGAGAUAGGAUGAUCUGUCUGAGGAUGAUGUCCAGUCACCAGAUCUACCAUUUAGCUAGUUAUGCCAACAAGCGUAUGUCACAAGAAAUGCAAGAGAAUCAAGUGGAAAUGGAGGCGGAACUGGCCACAUUAUGUCCCAAACGAGACGUCCGUGAAUUCAGAAUGAUCCGUAUCGCCGAUGCCUACAACGGAAAUCGAGAUCCAUUCAGAGUGGGAAUGCUGAAUGUAUGGGAUGUUAAGGCUUUAGGCGAGGGCUCGCUGCAAGAAGGAAAAAGGUAUCUGAUCUCUAAUACGAUGCCCGGCCGAGGUGGCGAUUGGAGUGUCAAUAGAAAUAGAUUGGACAAAGCAGAGAUAUACCUUCAUACAAGAAGAGAUACUCGUUGGCAACCUGUAUCGUGA